CGUACUCCCUACACUAAAUAGUGCACUACGUCUCUAUUACGUAUGUUUUUCUAAACAACCUACUGUCGCUAAAAUAUUGCGUCACGGUUCAUGUUUACCGACUAAAGUGUAUUAUGGAAGAAUAUGCCCGUGAACCUUGUCCAUGGAGAAUAGUAGACGACUGUGGAGGUGCCUUCACAAUGGGAGCCAUCGGUGGUGGGAUUUUUCAGUCUGUCAAAGGCUUCCGAAAUGCACCCAUGGGCACACGACAUCGACUGAAAGGCAGCGUGAAUGCUGUGCGCAUCCGAGCUCCACAGAUUGGAGGUAGUUUUGCAGUGUGGGGAGGUCUCUUCUCCACUAUAGAUUGUGGCCUGGUGCGGCUUAGGGGGAAAGAGGACCCGUGGAACUCCAUCACCAGUGGAGCAAUGACGGGGGCCAUACUGGCUUCACGCAGUGGACCCUUGGCUAUGAUGGGCUCUGCCAUGAUGGGAGGGGUUCUGCUGGCCCUGAUCGAGGGCAUAGGCAUUUUACUCACCAGAUACACGGCACAACAAUUCCAAAACCCGAUUCCAUUUCCGGAGGAUCCUAGCCAACUUCCUCGCAAAGACGGUGGCCAGGGACAGGAGAGUCACGUCUACGGACAGUUUCAGUAGAUCUGCUACUCUUGCACUACAACGUGGGAAGGAUAAAGAAAACGCUUUAUUCAUUGACGUUUCCAUUAGAGCUUGUGUCAGAUUUGUUUUCCUUCCUAAAGUAAAAAACAUAUAUGGUAAUAACUCAGGGUCAUUUUGUCGUCAACACUUAAGUAUUUGUAAAGUGAACAAGGAUGGAUUAUCAUCAACAUUAUAUUAGUUUGAACACAAUCUCUUGAAAUUGCUUUAAAGUUACAGUCAUUGUUCAGUUAUAAGAUUGAACUCUUAAUUUUCUGUAUUUAAAGUAUGUUUAUGAAACGAUUAAUCAAACAAUCAAUAGUUGCAAAUGGUUCGUCAGGAUGUCACACGUGAUUCUUGCUGUUUUAUUAGAUAUGGUUGAUUUAUUAUUUAUUUAUGGAUUCCAACAAAAAAAGAAUGUGAAUGUAGUUUUAUAAUAAACUGUUUUGUGGUAAA